GCCGCAGGAGGAGCACUCCGGCGAUUAUCGGCGGCGGAGGCAGGGUCAAACCCUAAGUUCCUAUUCUUCAUCUUCUUCUUCUUCUUCUUCCAGGAACUCUGCCGAUCCGACCAGACUUCCUAGACCUCACCCUGCGUAUUGAUGCGACGAUCGAAUGCUCGACCGCCGGCAGUCGAGCCCGAGCCCUCGCACACGAUGAGCGCCUCCAAGCCCCAUCAACUCCGCCAUUUAUCCGUAUCCUCCCGCCUCUCCUUCUUAUCUCCCUCGAAUUCCAAGCACCACCGCCGUGCCGACGGCUGUGGCCGCCGCUGCGCCGUCAUCGCCCUUGCGGCCGUCUUCCUAUGUCUCUUCAUCGUCACAAGAGGCCCUGAUUCUCGCAAAUAUGCGAUAAUUUUGGAUGGCGGGAGCACCGGGACUCGGAUCCACGUAUUCGCCUACAGGAUCGGAUGGGGAUCGAUGCCGACGCUCGAUCUUGGCCUGACGGCGUCCAUGAAAGUCUCCCCAGGGCUGUCGUCGUACGCAGCGGACCCAGAGAACGCGGGGCAGUCUCUGGUGGAGCUGCUGGAGUUUGCGAAGGAGAGAGUUCCAGGGGAACUGUGGGAGGAUACGGAGGUACGACUCAUGGCAACGGCAGGGUUGAGGUUGCUCGAUGUAGCAGUUGUGGAGAGGAUACUGGAGUCUUGCAGAAAGGUCCUGUGGUCUUCGGGCUUCCAAUUCCAGCAUGAUUGGGCAGCUGUGAUCUCAGGUUCUGAUGAAGGCAUCUAUGCAUGGGUUGCAGCUAACUAUGCUCUGGGUAGUUUAGGAGGUGAACCUAAGAAAACUACUGGGAUAUUUGAACUAGGAGGAGCUUCCAUUCAGGCAACCUUUGUUUCAAGUGAACCUUUGGCCCCAGAGCUCUCACAUGUCCUUCAGUUUGGAAAAAUUACAUAUAACCUUUACAGCAAUAGCUUCCUGUAUCUCGGUCAGAAUGUGGCUUAUGACUCACUUCAUAACUUGCUUAGCUCAGGAGACCUUAGAUCAUCUGCAGCUUUUAUCCAGGAAGAAACCUAUAUAGAUCCUUGUAUUCCCAGAGGAUAUAUGCAUGGUGGGGGACCAGGAAAGCUUUCUACCAGUCUCCUCAAUUCAAAGACCACAUAUAGGUCUUCUCGUGCAAUUGGUAACUUCUCCGAAUGUAGACUAGCUGCAUUGAAGCUUCUAGAGAAGGAAAAAGAAAAAUGCUUAUCCCAGAUCUGCCAUUUUCGGCUGACAUCUAUGCCCAAGUUGCAAGGGAGAUUUUUGGCAACUGAGAAUUUCUUUCAUACUUCAAAGUUCUUGGGCUUGGGACCAACACCAUUACUAUCUGAUUUGAUAAUGGCUGGGGAACAAUUUUGCGGUGAAGAUUGGCUGAGACUCAAAAGGAAAUAUGAUACUUAUGACGAGGAAGAUCUCUUGAGGUUUUGCUUUUCUACAGCAUAUAUUGUGGCUCUACUACAUGACACUUUAGGAUUUCCUAUGGAUGAUGGAAGGGUUGUUUUCGCAAACCAGGUUGGUAACAUACCACUUGACUGGGCAUUGGGUGCUUUCAUAACGCAAAAAGCAUUAAGAGCAAGUGCAGAGAGCUCUGAUUGGAUCUUUGCUGUAUUAGGCGAUGACCCAUCGGCGUUCUUCUAUCUAUUCGUCUCCAUUAUGCUAAUUUUUACAGCAUGGUCUGUGUUGAAAUGGAUGAAACCAAAGCUGAAGAUUAUAUACGACCUGGAGAGAGGCCGUUACAUCCUAACUCCUGUCAACCGAUGAUCCUGCUUGACUUCUGGAUGUAUGUCCCUGAAGAAGAGGUAGAUAGCUUCACACUGUACCGAAUAAUGAGUGAUUAUUGUAUCAUCCUAACUCCUGUCAACCGAUGAUCCUGCUUGACUUCUGGAUGUGUGUCCCUGAAAAGAGGUAGAUAGCUUCACACUUUACCGAAUAAUGAUUGAUUAUUGUAUUUGGGGAUUACCCUCCUAGCGAAUUGACAUAUCGUAGCCAGGGAUUCACAGGUCCCUCUGUAUUUAUUAGAUAAAGUUGUAAUGUCCAUUGUAUUUCUUAGUAUAGAAUAUAAAGUCAUUUGCAUUCA